AUGUCUGACAAAAUCACAGAAAAACUGAAGGCGUUCUCCAACAAGGUGAUGAGCAGCGACAGCGCCGACCACAAAAAAACGUCAGAGAAGAAAAGCGUCGAGCCCCACGAUGGCGACGUGGAUCCGCUGCAAAAAUCCAGCGUCGACCCUCGUGAGCACCACGUGACCGAGGACCAGAAGGCGCAUGCGCCAGGAACACAUUUGGAGCCCACAGAGGGCAAGCCCCGCACCAAGUCGUUUCUAGAGAACGACGGCAUCGACCAGAUGACGCCCACCACCCGCAAGCACCGCGUGUCGUCCAUAUCGCUGAGCGAUCAAUGGCGCGCCAACCAGGACCUGCAUCCGCUGACCGCCAUGGAAAGCGUCAACGACGGUGCUCCCAGCUCACGCUCCGUUUCGCGUAAGGCCUCCGUGGCUUCGCGUCGUGCUUCUGCCGUUCGCACUCGCAGACAGAUUAUCGAUCACGACCGUGUCGCGUCGUACGCGUUUGCUUUCGAUAUCGACGGUGUCAUUGUACGUGGGCCAGAGACUAUCCCAGAGGCUCGCGAGGCUCUACGCAUGCUAAAUGGGCACAACAAAUACAACAUCAAAGUUCCAUAUAUUUUCAUCACCAAUGGUGGUGGUAAAUCCGAAAAAGCUCGUUGCAAAGAUCUUACCAAGAGAUUGGGCAUCACCGUCACUGAGGACCAAGUCAUUCAAGGCCAUACCCCAAUGAAGGACUUGGUUCCAGCCUACAAGAAUGUUUUGGUUGUUGGUGGUGUCUUGGACUCUUGUCGUAAAGUUGCACAAGACUAUGGUUUCCAAAACGUGUACAUCCCUCUGGAUGUGAUGAAGUGGAACCCAAGUGUGACUCCAUACUACCAAUUGUCUGAAGAAGAGCAGAAAGUUGCUCGCGAUGUUGACUUUUCGAAAAUCUCUAUUGACGCCAUUUUGGUGUUUGCGGAUUCCAGAAACUGGGCCGCCGACCAGCAAAUUAUCUUGGAAAUUUUAUUGUCCAAGCAUGGUGUCAUGGGUACAGUGGCACAGGACCCAUCUGAAAACCAUGUUGGUCUAUAUUUUGCCCACUCUGAUUUCGUGUGGGCUACAGAUUAUGGUCUAUCCCGUUACGGUAUGGGUGCAUUGCAAGUUUCCAUUGCAGCAUUGUAUCAGGAGCACACUGGUCGUGAGCUACAAGUUACAAGAUUCGGUAAACCACAACGUGGUACUUUCAGAUUUGCCGAAAAAGUGUUAUCCAACUGGAGAAGAAACACUCUCGAAGAGCACGUUGAAAACAUGAACUUGGAAGAUGAAGAGGAUGGCGAUGCCACGGAGUCCGAAGAUGAAGCUGGCAACGAUGCAGAAGGCAUCACAUUGCAGAAGGACUCCAAGCUACUAUUGGAACUACCUCCUGCUUCCACUGUUUACUUCGUUGGUGAUACCCCAGAAUCUGAUAUCAGAUUCGCCAACUCUCACGACUCGUCCUGGUACUCUAUCUUGGUCAAGACUGGUGUCUUCCAGGACAACAAGACCCCCAAAUAUCAACCAAAGCAUAUUUGUGAAAAUGUUCUAGAGGCCGUUAAGUUCGCAAUCGAAAGAGAGCAUCAAAUGGAGUUGGAAGAAUGGAACUCUUCCGCAGUUGAUGCGCCAGUGGUGGAAGAACGCACUUCCAAAAUAAGCGACAGGUAA